UUAAAUGUAUUUUCUUAAAAAAUAUUUCCAAAUGUUUAAUAGAUCCAGUUGAAACAUCUCAACUCAGCCCAACUCUACACAGACCUAAUAAAAUCGGACAUCCUUAUCCAUUGAGUAAUUCGCCUUUGCUACGAAUUACCCUUGGCUUCAACCCUGUUUGUUUUGUUUGCUGCCACACUUACAACAUAUAUUCACAGGAUAUCACCUUUGAUUUGCUUUUUUGUUCCUUAUAAUUUUCGAAAGAGGUCCGGUGUUCGUGUACAACGCUGCUGCUGCUGUUGGCGUUUCACAUUGAUCGGCGGCCGGCCUAGUUACAUCGAAAAGGAGUUGUGGCCACCACCAACGCAACUUUGGUCGUCAAUCGAAGCGUUCAACAUUGGUCAGUUGGAAUUGAAACGCCGUUUUGGAUAGUUGCUCGAAACCGGCACUUUGAAUAAACAACCGCAAACCAAGGAGAACAAUUAAUAGAAAGAGAGUCCGGUGAAAAUAAAUAAAUUUUUAAUCAUCAACAGCCCUUCAAAAAAAAAGAGUUUAAAUUUUAAAACCGCAAAAAAUCAAACUUCAAAAUGAAAAUCAAAAUACGUUCGUGUGGCAUGAAUAUGAUAAAGUACACCCUUUUUAUUUUUAAUGUCGUGUUUGCGAUAUCCGGUCUGGGUAUAUUGAUUGCUGGCGCCGUUGUACUGGCCGAUGUCAAUCAAUUCAGUCAUUUUGUUGAGGGAAAAGUCACCGCUCCUCCGAUUGUUUUGAUUGUGACCGGUCUGAUAAUAUUUCUCAUUGCCUCGUUGGGAUGUUUUGGAGCAAUCAAGGAAUCACCCACCCUUCUGUUGGCGUAUGCCCUGCUCUUGGCUAUAAUCUUCAUAAUCGAGUUGGCAGUGGGCAUUGCGGCCAGUGUCUUUAAGAGUGAUCUGGAAAUGGCCAUCAAGAAUUCAUUGCAAGAUUCCAUUAAACGUUCGAACAAGGAUGACAUGAUGGCCUGGGACAAUAUCCAACGUAAGCUGAUGUGCUGCGGUGUUGAUUAUCCCUCGGAUUGGCGCACCAUGAGUGCCAAUAAAACCCUGCCGGCAAGUUGUUGUCAUCCCGAAUACAUCGAAGAGAGUGUGGGUCAUUGCACCGAAUCACCGGCAUUGGGCAAAGAUAAAUAUUUCCAGGAGGGCUGUGUUGGCAAACUGAAGCAGCGCAUUGACAAGAAUGCGGUUAUUUUGAUUGGUGUGGGCAUUGGCAUUGCCUUCAUACAAAUAUUGGGCAUUGUAUUGGCCUGUUAUUUAGCUUCCACAAUACGACACGAACGCAACCACUAAAUGAUUAACUAACUGUCUGGGCCAAGAUUGCUGCGUCAUCAUCCAAGAUUAGAAUACCACAGUGACCGAAAUGGAAAUGAAUUUGAUUCGCCCCCCCUUCAAUACUCGAACCAAAAAUCCUCUAUGAAACACUAAUGACCCAUGCGCCUGGGUGGAUGGGUUUUCCUUAAUUGUUGUUUUGACACCAUUCGAUUACCAACCCCAACCCCACCACCAAAGCUUGUGAAAAAAGUGGACAUUAGGACACAACUUUAAUGGUUAUGGUGCUCGUGGUGCUCCUGUUUUGACAAUGCUUUGGAUAUGUAAACACAUUGUGACAUACAUACAUUCGGUCAUAUACAUUUAUAAUUUAUGUAUGUUUGUAUGCUUAUCAUAGCAAUGACACGAAAAGAAAACCAAUUUUAAUUUAGUAUCAAUGUGUCCGUAUGUUUGUUUGUAUAUAUGUGUGUAUGUAUUUUAUUUUCUGUGUAUUCGGAACUGGUAAUCGAAGUAAUGGGAUUUGUUAUUUCAAAAUAUCUAUCUACGCACGCAUGAAUUUUCCCCCAAUUCCUAGUUCGUUAUACGUUUCAAACGCAACAACUACAAUAAUAACAAAAAUCAAAAGAUUAAUAAAUACAUUUCAAUUUGUCUCUAAAUAUAUUUAUUCAACGAAAAAUGUUGCUUCACCUUUAGAAAUUUAUUUUUUAUAUAACCC